CAAUUUGCGAGGGGUCAACGGCCCAAUCCUGCUCUUUGUUAUUUUUUUCUCCAAAACUGCUGCCACUCUCUUUCUUGACGGUUGAUGUUUAAAUCUUGGAAACCUCCUGAGAAACAUGCCGAAACAUUCAGGUCCCGGACCGCCACCCCUGGUCCCUUCACCGUUCACCCCAGGCUACAUCCCCAGAGCAUCGCUGGCGGUGCCCCGGAGGACCAAACGAUCAAAUGCCUGCUUGUCAUGUCGGACGCGGAGAAUCAAAGUAAUUGCCAAUCUACACGCUCCCAAAUACCGUCUUCUGCCCUUGAAUCAACCACGGAUAUUAAUGCCAGCAGUGUGGUGGGAACCAGCCGUGUGACAACUGUGUGGCAAACAGCUGCGACUGCGUGUUUGUCGCCGAGAGCGACAGGCGCAGGAAGUUUGCGCUCAGACGGGUUGAGAACCAGCUUGACACGGCACAGCAAGUGCUGGAUAACCUCAUCGCUGCGUUUAAUGCCGGCGAUAGGCCGCAUCUCGACAAUCUGCUCCUUGCAGCUGGGGAAUGGCGCGCAGGGCGAGGAAGCCAGGAUUCCCUCGCCUUUACUGGAAAUGCCGAGCAGGUUUGGGUGCUGAUUGACUUAAUGAUAUUUAUGGAGUUAACGUUUGUUCUCCAGGCCUCGGAAACACAGACUGUCGAUAGUGAGAGCCCACUCUUUGAAAACAGCGCAGGGGACAGUUUGGCCGGGGAUGGAUUCAUGUCCCGUCCUGGAAUGCCAGACUUUCCGUCUACAAAUACAUCCGCAACGUCCACAACGUCGAUCGAGUUUUUUGAGGAUGCUGGUACAUUGACCGAAGAUCUCAACCGUGACGAUGCCAGCAGAGCGACCGGCUAUUUUGGCAAGGCAUCUGAAGUCGCGUGGUUGCAGAAACUGGGCACUGCAGUUAACAAGUUGAAUACAGGCCAGGAACAGCGCCACGCAUUCCAGAUUGAGGACUCGACCCCGUCCAUGAACUAUCACCUUGACAGUACCCAAGUCCCCGAAACGAUUCCGCCACUCGAGCCGAGAUGCCUUCCCCCCAAGCCUUGGGCGGCUCGUCUGGUCAACAUUUUCUUCGAAUCAGUGGCACCCUCGUUUCCACUCAUCAAUAAAUCAUUAUUCAUUGUCCAGUUCAAUCAAGCUUUUGCUCUCACUGCAUCGCAGCCCUCACGGAAAUGGCUUGCUGUCCUUAAUUUGAUACUUGCCGUGGGCUCCAGAUGUUAUCGGCUGUCAGAGGCACGUUCCGGGGGUGAUGUCGAUGAUCGCGUCUAUCUCUCGCGAGCAUUGGCGCUGAGCUCCACCCCCGGCACCACCAGGUACAUCGGCUUACAUCAGGUCCAGAUUGACCUGAUGUUUGCAAUUUACUACCUGUUCUCAGGUGAACUCAACCAGUCAUGGCAGGCGAACGGUCGCGCUGCGCGCCUGGCGAUUUCCAUGGGCCUCAAUCUCCGAGUCGACGGUAGCAGUCGACUCGACACUGUGUCCAAAGAGACGCGAGCCCGAAUCUGGUGGUCCAUCGUCGCCCUGGAAAAUGUUCUCUCCGGCAUGACCGGACGUACAUCAUGCAUUGACAACCAGUCCAUGUCUGUACAUCUACCACUGCCAUAUGACGAGGCCCAAUUCGCGCUACCUGAAGUGGUAGAGCUGCUAGGAGACGCCUCUUCACGGGAGAGCAAGCUCCAGUCGACUAUAUCUGCGAGCAACUCAGAACGAUACGCACGGGACGAAUGGCUGCGAGAUAUCAUUCCCAGCCAGUCGCUCUACUUUUUCCAUCUUGUCGACCUUUCGGUUACAAUGCAAUCUGCCACAAAAGCAGUCUAUAGUCUCACUGCUACGAAAGAUAGCAUCGGAGCGAAUAUCUCAUUCUACCAGGAGAAGCUUCAAUCGUGGCUAUCAAGCCUCCAACCAGCCUUUGCGUUUAUCAUCUACGAUGCAAACGACAUCAGCAGGGUCUCUGCACCUAAUUGCCGAGAGCAGGUCGCUCUCGCCAUGGCGUACUACAGCUCCCAGAUGAUCCUCAACCGCCCCUGCCUUACAGACCUGGACGUCGAAACAGGGACAAACAUCAAGAUCCCACGUUCCAACUUUGAAGACGAGACCGCAAAAGCCUGUGUCCAUUUCGCCCUCGCCCUCAUCUCCGUCCUCCCAGACGUCCCCGACAUCAAAUGGAUCGCGGCCAUGACCUCGUGGUGGCCGCUCCUCCACACGAUCAUGCGCGCGCUGACGAUCCUACUCACGCAACUCUCCAUCGGCCUCGUCUCCGUCAUGAACGUCUACGGCGAACAGCAAAUCGCCGAAGAAAACGAGGGCGAAGACGCCGAGGCCAUCCGCGAAGCGUCGAAAAAGGCCCUCCUCUGGCUGCACAGCAUGGCAGAGCAGGACCCCAGCUCGCGGCGAGCUUUCCACAUCGGGAAGCGCCUCUUCCACCUCGUCACCCCGUCCCAGGCCUGGCUUGAUCUGCAGGACAUAUCCUCGGGCGCGGGGUAUGAGAAUGAGAAAGAAAAGGCCUUUGCGCGGGCGCAGGGGCUGAACGGGUUCGGGCCCGGGUCACUGAAUCUGCCGGAGAGCUUUGUGAAUUGGGGGCCGGAUUGUACAGGGUGUGAGAGUGUGGAUGAGGAGGUCGAGGUGCCGCUCUAUCUCGAUCCGGUGCUCUUGAGUUUUGAUAGUUAUGAGUUCUAGCAAUUAUGGUAGACCUGCCUUGAAGGACAUCAAGCACGAAACGAAAAGAUACGAAUUCCAUCUAAGAAUCUUUCAUGAGACGCUUUUUGCCCAGUGGUAACAUGGAGGGAAACGAGGUUCCAGGGUAACCGGCAGGGCUCUACAUAUAUGCUUCCCUCAGUCGUCGAUUUUAUUGUAUACUCUCUUCUAUAUCUCAUGGACUGUACAAAAGCAGUGUAAUGACCACAUUGUGCACUGUAAAGGAAUCUGCGGAGGACUGUUAUCUACGGACUCCAGAACAGCCUGCCUACUCAAUUGCGUAACCUAACUCCUUAUUCCUCCAUCCUCGCUACACCAGUAAAUGCCAACUUGUCCCUCG